ACAAACAUUAUAAGAGUGAAAGGACGUUCCAGCUUCUGCAAUACAAGCGUAAAGAGACGUCUGCAGGUAAACUGACAGUCAAUAUCCUGCCCAUUUAUCCAAGAAGGCGCUGUAGGGUUUUACAACAAGUUGAGAAGAUCAUAGCAAUACCGUAGUCCCCAUAUCCAGUCGUGAAAAGGAAAUGCAUACAUCUUUGCCCGUGGCCGUUUAGAAACGUUCCUUGUAUUUGCUGCUGCGGUUAACGGUGCGCCAUAUGGGACCAUUACUAACAGAUAUGCCGCUGGUGGCAUCCUUCAUCGACUCGCGAUCAGAAGGCAGCGGCACGUCUUUCUCCGGUGAGGACUGCCCAAGCCCAUCUGAAUCGGAGAGAGGAGGACAGAAAGGAGUGAGUGUGGACCGGAGAGGUAAAAGAAGAGUGAAGAACAGAGAUGCUGCCAGGAAGAGCAGGAAAAAACAGACGGAGAGAGCAGACAUCCUCCACCAGGAUCUACAGACCUUGGAAAGUUCUAACUCAGCUCUAGAGAAGGAGAUUGCUGAUCUGAGAAGAGAGUUCCAGCUCUACACAGCCACCCUGGAGCAACAUGAAUCUGCCUGCACCCUCCGGCCCUCCUCUAUACCCGCCAAUAUCCCCUGCUGCCAGAUCCUGUCCCCCUCCGCGUCAUCUAUUGCCCCUGUGACUACCCCUGCGCCCGCUGUGUCCCCUCAAACUACCCCGGCACCCGCUGUGUCCCCUCAAACUACCCCGGGCUCUCUUCUUGCCCCAGUACCUGGAGGGCAGAGGGCUUGUUUACCUGUCCCCACUCUCGUCACUGUUCCUUCAACUGCCCAUGUGACUAACCCCUACCCUUUGCUUUCCACUCUAUAUUCCCCAAUAUCUAAUAUUGCCUCUCUGAUUGCCCCAAACAAUAUUUGUGCCUCUCCAAUUACCCCAAAAACUAAUAUUUCCCCUCUAACUACCUCAAUAAAUAAUCUUGCCCAUCCAACUACCCCAAGAACUAAUCUUGCCCCUCCAACUAUCCCUGCUCCUACUCUGUCACCCAUCUCCUACCCUCUGACCAUGUACUCUCUGAGCUUGUCUACCCCAGCCAUUGAACCCCCAAUAGAAUUGUCCCUCUCCGACAUCCUGGACAGUCCUGAUUGGCUCUGCGACCCUGCAUCACCCACCUGGGGCGAGUUCUAAUGGACCAAUCACACUGUUUGGCGAAUGGUUGGAAGCAGUCGGUGGUUGCUGGGCCCUAUUGCCUCUGACCACAGAACAUCAGUACUGAUUUUUUGGCAAUUUUCUGACGAAUCUCCACGUUGAAUCUCCACGUUGAAUCUCCACUGUCUGUCGACAGACAACCACCAGGUGAUCUACAGCCAACGUCUGGGAUGAUGUGUCCUUCAUGGAGUAAGAUUCCUGGCACCCUGUGAAAGACUCAUUUAGGUUUCUGUAGAAAAGAACAGAAAGACACUUAAAAUUGAUGGACUCUGGUGUUUGGUACAUGUAUAUACCAAGCACAUGCAAUGGUUGUUCACAUCUUGUGAGGAAUUCUGUAGCUGUUAUGUUGAUUUACGGUUUGUGUUUUUGAAUAACCGGCCCUGUUCAUUGGUCAUAACAGACUAUUGGCCCUGAUCAUGGAUCAUAACAGACUAUUGGCCCUGUUCAUUGGUCAUAACAGACUAUUGGCCCUGUUCAUUGGUCAUAACUGACUAUUGGCCCUGUUCAUUGGUCAUAACAGACUAUUGGCCCUGAUCAUUGGUCAUAACUGACUAUUGGCCCUGAUCAUUGGUCAUAACUGACUAUUGGCCCUGUUCAUUGGUCAUAACAGAUUAUUGGCCCUGAUCAACUUCUUUGAGAGUAGAAUAAUUGAUUGAUUGAUUGUAAUAAUCUUUUUAACUCUUCAUUAGAACCUCACAUAUUGAGUUAAUUUAUUUGUGUAUAAAAUUAACAAUUCAAUGGACUUUCAAACCUUUUAAGUGUGAUUUUAAUUAAUUGUAAAAAGCUGCAAAUGUAUUGAACAGGCUAUAGACAAAACAAAUAGCAUAUGACUAUAUUUGGAAAACCACAUCUCGUACAAUAUAAACUAUAUAUAUCCCAGAUUUAGGUUUAAACAUAGGAUAUACAGGUAACUGCCAAAAUAAGGGAAACUCCAACAUAAAGUGUCUUAAUGAGAUGUUGGGCUGCCGCCAGAACAGAUGCAUCUUGGGUAGUGCCUUCAGAAAGUAUUCAGACCCCCUUGACCUUCUCCACAUUUUGUUACGUUACAGCCUUAUUCUAAAUUUGAUUAAAUUGUCUUUUUUCCUCAUCAAUCUACACACAAUACCCCAUAAUGUGAAAGCAAAAAGAGGGUUUUAGAAAUGUUUGCAAAUAUAUAAAAAAAAAAAAAAAAAAAAAAAUUUACAUUCACAUUUACAUAGGCAUUCGGACCAUUUACUCAGUACUUUGUUGAAGCACCUUUGGCAGCGAUUACAGCCUGGAGUUCUCCCAUUGUUCUCAGCAGAUCCUCUCAAGCUCUGGCAGUUAGGAUGGGGGGCGUUGCUGCACAGCUAUUUUCAGAAAAUUAACACGUGAAAAGAUUCUGGGGAUGAACGUGGACACGUCUUCAAUAUGUACCCAUUGUUUUUAAUAUAUACAGUUGAAGUCGGAGGUUUACAUACACUUAAGUUGGAGUCAUUAAAACUUGUUUUAAAGGCAAGAAUGGCCUUCUAUGCCAUCAAAAGGAACAUAAAAUUUGACUUACCAAUUAGGAUCUGGCUAAAAUUACUCCGCUCACCAACCAAGAAUUCACAAAAUGAGACAAACACCAAAUUGAGACUCUACAUGCAGAAUUCUGCAAAAAUAUCCCCAGUGUACAAUGUGAAACACCAAAUAAUGCAUGCAGAGCAGAAUUAGGCCGAUACCCGCUAAUUAUCAAAAUCCAGAAAAGAGCCGUUCCAUUCUACAACCACCUAAAAAGAAGCGAUUCCCAAACCUUCCAUAACAAAACCAUCACCUACAGAGAGAUGAAUCUGGAGGAGAGUCCCCUAAGCAAGCUGGUCCUGGGGCUCUGUUCACAAACACAAACAGACCCCACAGAGCCCCAGGACAGCAGCACAAUUAGACCCAACCAAACCAUGAGAAAACAAAAAUAUAAUUUCUUUACACAUUAGAAAGAAUUAACAAAAAAAACAGCACAAACUAGAAUGCUAUUUGGCACUAAACAGAGAGUACACAGCGGCAGGCAGAAUACCUGACCACUGUGACGGACCAAAACUUAAGGAUAGCUUUGACUAUGUACAGACUCAGUGAGCAUAGCCUUGCUAUUGAGAAAGGCCGGCUAUGAAUGAGGUGGAAACUGCCACAAGAAAAGGGCAACCAGUGAAGCAGAAUCACCAUACAACCCAUAUUUAUGUUUAUUUAUUUUCCCUUUUAUACUUUAACUAUUUGCGCAUAGUUACAACACUGUAUAUAGACAUAAUAGGAUCUUUGAAAUGUCUUUAUUCUUUUGGAACUUUUUGAGUGUAAUGUUAACUGUUUAUUUUGUACUGAUUAUUUUACUUUUGGUUUGUUACCUAUUUCACUUGCUUUGGCAAUGUAAACAUAUGUUUUCCAUGCAAAAUAAAGCCCCUUGAAUUGAA